UAAGCUGCUGUGAGUGCUAAGGAUAUCAGUGCAAGUGCAGCUCAUAUUGUUGUACACUGAAUAAUAUAAACAAGCAACAGUCAACAGCAACAACAAAAACAAACUGUUACAGUCACAGUUCCAACGUCAAAGACACCUAAGUUGAGAGGCAAACAGUUUCUUGUGUUCUGAAUGGAGACGACGUGCGGGCGACGGGGGCCACGUGACGAAGACGGCGCUUUUGGGGCAUUAAAACUGGCGAGUGUUUGCCAAUAUCAAGCACAAAAACAACAACAACAAUAUGGCCAUAAGGCAACAGCAACGAACUAAAUGUAAUUCAUGGUUACAACUACCCAACAAACUGCUGCUACUGGUGGUGAACACAAAGAUACACCCAUCACAAAAGUACCGCCAUGAAUGAGACAGAGUGUGAGGAUCUCAUUAAAUCUGUGAAAUGGACGGAACCGGCGAAUCUGAUCUCUUUGGCCAUACUCGAGUUCAUCAACGUACUGGUCAUUGGUGGCAAUUGCCUUGUCAUUGCCGCCGUCUUCUGUUCAAACAAAUUACGUAGCGUUACCAAUUUUUUUAUUGUUAACUUAGCCGUAGCCGAUUUACUAGUAGGUCUCGCGGUGCUACCAUUUUCGGCCACCUGGGAGGUGUUCAAGGUUUGGAUAUUUGGCGAUGUCUGGUGCCGCAUUUGGCUGGCCGUGGAUGUCUGGAUGUGCACGGCAUCGAUAUUGAAUCUAUGUGCCAUAUCUUUGGAUCGAUACGUUGCAGUCACGCGACCCGUCACCUAUCCCAGCAUUAUGUCAACGAAGAAGGCCAAGUCCUUAAUCGCCGGCAUUUGGGUACUCUCAUUUGUUAUUUGCUUUCCGCCUUUAGUGGGCUGGAAGGAUCAAAAGGCCAUGGUACAACCGACCUACACACGGGGAAAUUAUACGCUUUACUAUGCCACCACAAUGUCAAGCACACAGGAUGAGCAACUAGAUAUAGAUAGCAAUAGCAUUAAGCAUAAAGGGGCUGGAGCCUCUUUGAUAAGUGGAAAUAGAAUUGCAAAUGGAAAUGGAAAUAAAAAUGGAAAUGCCUACAAUCCAUAUGAUCCCAAUUUUGCGCCAAUCGAUGGCUCAGCUGAGAUUCAUAUCGCAGCCAUGACGACGUCUUCAACCACAACAACAACAACAACAAUUCCACCUGUUACUGAAAUGGAUUACGAUCUGUUAAAUGCGCCAGUUCAAAAUGUUGUACAACCGGCGACAAGUUGCCCCUGGAAAUGUGAGCUGACCAAUGAUCGAGGUUAUGUACUCUACUCGGCUUUAGGUUCCUUCUACAUACCGAUGUUCGUGAUGCUCUUUUUCUAUUGGCGAAUCUAUCGAGCCGCCGUGCGCACCACUCGGGCCAUCAACCAGGGCUUCAAGACGACCAAGGGCUCCAAGGGCAUAGGCUCCCGCUUCGAGGAGCAACGUUUGACGCUACGCAUUCAUCGUGGACGCGGCUCGAAUCAACAGGACUCGCUGCACAGCAAUGGCAGCACACAGAGCACAACAACAACACUGGGCACACCGUCACCGGAGAGAUUGAGCAAAUAUGCGACACGACGACUGCAUCAUCAGCACGACAAGAUCAAGAUCUCAGUGUCCUAUCCAUCCAGCGAGAACAUCAACGAGCUGGCGCAGUCCGAGGCAGCCCACGAACGGCGUCCCUCGGGCAAUGCCCUCUUCUCCGUGCACUACAACGGUGCCCAUGGACGCGAGUCCACGGAAUCGCAGCUCUACAGGCAGCAGCAUCAUGGCGGCAGCACCUGUUAUCUACAGGUGAGCAAAGCGCUGCCGGAGCUGUCGCGACGCCAGAGCAACACGAGCGAGCUGGGGGCAGGACAUGCCCGGUCCGCCAAUAAGAAGAUGGGCAGGAGGAAUAUCAAGGCGCAGGUGAAGCGCUUUCGCAUGGAAACGAAGGCGGCCAAGACAUUGGCCAUUAUCGUGGGCAUGUUCAUCUUCUGCUGGUGUCCGUUCUUCACAAUGUAUAUUAUACGGCCGUUCUGUCAGGACUGCGUUGAUCCGCUGCUCUUCUCGAUCCUCUUCUGGCUGGGCUACUGCAACUCGGCGGUGAAUCCCAUGAUCUAUGCGCUCUUCUCGAAGGACUUUCGCUUCGCCUUCAAGCGCAUCAUCUGUCGCUGCUUCUGCUCCCGCCAAAGUGUCUCGCUGAAGAGUUCUCGACGCGGCUCCGACAUGUCCGCCAUACGCAUUCAGGGACGUACUCCGAGUAUUACGCCCAGUGCAGCGGCUCACAGUUUUGGCGAUGAGAGCGAACUGCAUCACUCACACUCGGAGCUGGGCAACGACUCCAGAUGACGUUCGUUUGGGCCCAGUUCGAGCUCGCACAGCAGCUUGGGUGGGUUACGCAAGACGAGCCUCAAGGUGCCCGUCUACGAGAUAUGCCAUCCCCUGGUCAUGGAAACACCCUCGUACUCCUACGUUGAGGCUGCCGGCGAUGCUCCAACCUCGGCCAGCAAUGGCGCCGCCAAACGCACCCAAUUGUAGCCGCGGGAGCUGCUGGCGCUGCGGAGUCUGGGAGUGACCACUGAGGUGAAUUCCAAUCCCUUGCGGAUGCAGCGACCACGACGCACAGUGCGCAUCGAGUACAGCGAUGCAAGGGUGUAAAGUGACACUGGAGGACCGGAGGACUGGAGUACUAGAGGACUGGAGGACGAAUGCAAAGAUCUAAUUAUGCUAAAUCUAAGAAUAUAUUAACAAUGUACAGUUAUUGGUUUAACCAAUGCAUCUUUGAGCUUUUUCCUUUAACCUAAUAAGCGCAAUAUAUAAUAUUUAUUUUAAGUAUUCCGAGAGCAGCAUAAAAUAUAAUCCUAAGUCAGUAAAUAGUUAGCUAAAAUAAAAACAAAAAACAAUUCAGUAUCGAUCUUAUACUUAACAAAUCUGUGUCUAUUUGUUUAUUCAAUAAAUUCAUAUAUGUGAGCACUUGAAAAGGCCAAAAAUGCGAUAAAUACUGUAUAUAGAUAUAUUAGCUAAUAUUAUCGCUCUACCAAUUGAGAGUUGUACCUUUUAAAAAAAUCCAAUUAUUCAUAUACGAAAACAAUAUUACAAAAUUACCGAAACCGAAACCAAAAUGUUGCGCAACGCAUAAUUAAAUAUUAAUAAAUAUAUUAUUAAUUAUUGAAUUGUUAUUGUUGUGUGUGUGCUGUUCAAUCUUCAACAUUCUUCUGAGAUAUUAAUGUGACAUACUUAAAUACCUAACUAAAUGUGUAUAUACCAUAAGAUUAGAAUUGCAUACAAUUCUCACAUAAGACAUAAGUACAAUUCCAGUUAAAAACGUUCUGUGUGCUAUAAAUAAAUUCCAAUUUAAUUUAUUGAAAUACAAUUCCAACAGCAAUUUAUGUUGCAAUCAGCU